GAUGACGGAGAAUAUAAACCUAGAAUCGGGGCUCAAACACCACCACUCACCUCCAGCUCUCGGCUACACCAACAUGAACCUGAAGGCUGUAUUGUUGACUGUGGCGGUUGCUGUAGUGGCCCAGACGCUCCCGUCUCAUUCAUACCGAAUCUCCGGCAAAAGAAGUGGAGGUUCAACAGGUGGAAGAUUUGGACGGGCAGGCGGUGGAGGCUCCGGUAGCUCACAAGCUGGAGGCUUAGGGGGCUCACUAUCUGGAGGACUCGGCGGCUCACAAGCUGGAGGCUUAGGGGGCUCACUAUCUGGAGGACUCGGCGCCUCACAAGGUGGAGGACUCGGCGCCUCACUAUCUGGAGGACUCGGCGCCUCACAAGGUGGAGGACUCGGCGCCUCACAAGCUGGAGGCUUCGGCGGCUCACUAUCUGGAGGACUCGGCGGCUCACAAGGUGGAGGACUCGGCGGCUCACUAUCUGGAGGACUCGGCGGUUCACAAGCUGGAGGACUCGGCGCCUCACAAGGUGGAGGACUCGGUGCCUCACAAGCUGGAGGCUUCGGCGGCUCACAAGCUGGAGGCUUCGGCGGCUCACAAGCUGGAGGCUUCGGCGGCUCACAAGCUGGAGGCUUCGGCGGCUCACAAGCUGGAGGACUCGGUGCCUCACAAGCUGGAGGACUCGGCGCCUCACAAGCUGGAGGCUUCGGCGGCUCACAAGCUGGAGGACUCGGCGCCUCACAAGCUGGAGGCUUCGGCGGCUUACAUGCUGGAGGAUUCGGCGGUUUACAUGCUGGAGGAUUCGGUAGCGCACUAGCUGGAGGCUUCGGCGGCUUACAUGCUGGAGGAUUCGGCGGCUCACACGUUAGAGAGUUUGAUAGCACUCAAGCUAGAAGCUUCGAUAGCUCACAAGCUGGAGGCUUCCUUAGCGCACUAGCUGGAGGCUAUGGGGGCUCACACGCUGGAGGCUUAGGGGGCUCACUAGCUGGAGGCUAUGGGAGCUCACACGGUGGAGGCUUAGGGGGCUCACUAGCUGGAGGCUAUGGGAGCUCACACGGUGGAGGUUUAGGGAGCUCACUAGCUGGAGGCUUAGGGAGCUCACUAGCUGGAGGCUUAGGGAGUUCACACGCUGGAGGCUUAGAAAGCUCACUAGCUGGAGGCUUAGGGAGCUCACUAGCUGGAGGCUUAGGGAGCUCACUAGCUGGAGGCUUAGGGAGCUCACUAGGUGCAGGCUUAGGGAGCUCACUAGCUGGAGGCUUAGGGAGCUCACUAGCUGGAGGCUUAGGGAGCUCACACGCUGGAGGCUUAGGGAGCUCACACGCUGGAGGCUUAGGGAGCUCACUAGCUGGAGGCUUAGGGAGCUCACAAGCUGGAGGCUUAGGGAGCUCACUAGCUGGAGGCUUAGGGAGCUCACUAGCUGGAGGCUUAGGGAGCUCACACGCUGGAGGCUAUGGGAGCUCACUAGGUGCAGGCUUAGGGAGCUCACAAGGUGGAGGCUAUGGGAGCUCACUAUCUGGAGGUUAUGGGCGCUCCCACGCUGCAGGCUUAGAGAGCUCACACGCUGCAGGUUUAGAGAGCUCACACGCUGCAGGCUUAGGGAGCUCACACGGUGGAGGCUAUGGGAGCUCACUAGCUGGUGGCUUAGGGAGCUCACACGCUGGAGGCUUAGGGAGCUCACAAGCUGCAGGCUUAGGGAGCUCACUAGCUGGAGGCUUAGGGAGCUCACACGCUGGAGGCUUAGGGAGCUCACACGGUGGAGGCUAUGGGAGCUCACUAGCUGCAGGCUUAGGGAGCUCACACGGUGGAGGCUUAGGGAGCUCACUAGCUGGAGGCUAUGGGAGCUCACUAGGUGCAGGCUUUGGGAGCUCACACGGUGGAGGUUAUGGGAGCUCACUAUCUGGAGGUUAUGGGCGCUCCCACGCUGCAGGCUUAGAGAGCUCACACGCUGCAGGCUUAGAGAGCUCACACGCUGCAGGCUUAGGGAGCUCACACGGUGGAGGCUAUGGGAGCUCACUAGCUGGUGGCUUAGGGAGCUCACACGCUGGAGGCUUAGGGAGCUCACAAGCUGCAGGCUUAGGGAGCUCACUAGCUGGAGGCUUAGGGGGCUCACUAGCUGGAGGCUUCGGGAGCUCACAAGGUGGAGGCUUCGGUAGCGCACUAGCUGGAGGCUUAGGGAGCUCACAUAUUAGAAAAUUCGAUACUUCCCGAGCUAGAAGCUUCGAUAGCUCACACGCUAGAGUCUUUGGUAGCUCACAAGCUGGAGGCUUAGGGAGCUCACUAGCUGGAGGCUUCGGAAGCUCACAAGCUGGAGGCUUAGGGAGCUCACAAGCUGGAGGCUUAGGGGGCUCACUAGCUGGAGGCUUAGGGAGCUCACAAGCUGGAGGCUUAGGGGGCUCACUAGCUGGAGGCUUAGGGAGCUCACUAGCUGGAGGCUUAGGGGGCUCACUAGCUGGAGGCUUAGGGAGCUCACUAGCUGGAGGCUUAGGGGGCUCACUAGCUGGAAGCUUCGGAAGCUCACAAGCUGGAGGCUUAGGGGGCUCACAAGCUGGAGGCUUAGGGGGCUCACAAGCUGGAGGCUUAGGGAGCUCACAAGCUGGAGGCUUAGGGGGCUCACAAGCUGGAGGCUUAGGGGGCUCACAAGCUGCAGGCUUAGGGGGCUCACAGGGUGCAGGCUUAGGGAGCUCACAAGCUGCAGGCUUAUAAGCUUGAGGCCUCGGUGGCUCACAAGCUUGGAGGCUUCGGCGGUUCACCAGGAGGCGCUGAAGACCACUGAACGCUUGGGAGCGGCUCCUGCGGCUUCCUGCAGGAACUAUGGCGCCCCCCUUGAUCAUCUCUCUGUAUCCUGUUUCACCGAGUGCUAUCUUGUUGUCUUAAUGUUAUCGUGUUUUCUUACGAGACGUGUUGUCUUAACCUUGUUCCAGAGAUGUUUUCAUGAAACACUCAGAUCUCUGUGGUAGAGAUAUCCUGCUGUUCAUCCCAAUGGUCUCUCUUGCAGAUAUCCUGCUGGUUAUUCCUGAGGUCUCUGUUGCAGAUAUCCUUCUUGGUAUCUCUGUGGUCUCUGUUUCAGAUAUCCUUUUGAGUAGCUCAAUGAUCUCUGUUGGAGAUACCUUUCUGGGUAUACCUGUAGCCUGUGUUGUAGAUAUCCUGCGCGUUAUUCCUCAGGUCUCAGUUGCAGAUAUCCUUCUGGGUAUCGCGAUCUCUGUUGGAGAUACUCUGGUCUCUAGUCCCACUGUUAUCAUAGCUGAGCCUCAUAUUGCCUUACUUCUUAUCUUACUUAUGUUAUACCAAUAAAAUAUUUUGAAGA